GAUUAGUAAAUAUCCUUUUAUAUUUUUAUUUACAUACUUGUAUUUUGAGUUUGUUGUCAAAAAUACUCAAAAACAGUCAAUGUACCAGUUACAAUCACUUUAGAAAUUUUGAAUUACUGUUCUCUAUUUUAAUUCAUUGCCAUUGUUCAUCAAUUCAGUCAAUGCAAAAUAAAAAAUUAUUUUGAUAAGGAGUAUCUUAAAAGAAGUAAUUAAUGUAUUUGUUUACCAGUGUAGUGUGAACUUUAGGGUGUACAUCAUUGUAAAAUAAAGAAGUUGCGUAUAUGUGGUGCUUCAUUGAUGAAUCAUAGACUUUGUACAGUCAAACUGAUUUACUUUGUGAUUUACAUUAAAUAGGUACUACUCAAGCUUCUAAAAUGUUCAAUAAUCGUGAAGAAGCUUCCAUUAACAGUAUUCAAACGUGUGACAGUGAAAAUGAAUGUAAUGAAGUGGAAGAUGAAGAUGAUCUUACAAAAAUUAUACCACCAGAAGUGGAAGAUACAAAACUAUGGCCCAAAACUAGAUACAUACUAGGAGUUUUAGGAUUUCUUGGCUUUGCAAAUGUCUAUGCUAUGCGUGUAAACCUAUCUGUAGCAAUUGUAUCAAUGAUUAACCACACUGCUUUUCCCCAACCUUCAACCAACAGUAACAUCUACGAUCAUUGUCCUGCAAAUACUCCUACAAAUAAUACAAAGCCAUCGCAAAACGGUGAAUUUGAUUGGGAUGAGAGCACCCAGGGAAUUGUUUUAGGUUCAUUUUUCUAUGGAUAUGUUCUCACUCAAAUUCCAGGGGGUAGGUUUGCUGAAUUAUUUGGUGGAAAACUGGUUUAUGGUAUAGGAGUUCUGUUAACUGGUAUUUUUACUAUUUUAAGCCCCAUUGCUGCCAGAACAAAUUUUACCCUCUUUAUUAUUGUUAGGGUUUUGGAAGGCAUGGGCGAAGGUGUUACAUUUCCUGCAAUGCAUGCUAUGCUUGCCAGGUGGAUUCCACCACUUGAAAGGAGUAAAUUUGCUGCUUAUGUAUAUGCAGGUACUAAUUUUGGAACAGUAAUCUCUCUGCCACUAUCAGGCUGGCUGUGUUCACUUGAAUUUAUGGGUGGGUGGCCUUUAUCAUUUUACUUAUUUGGGGUACUAGGUGUUAUUUGGUUUAUUUUUUGGGUAUUCCUUGUAUAUGAUACCCCUUCAUCUCAUCCAAGGAUAGAUCGACAGGAGCAGGCAUAUAUUUUAGCUAGUAUUGGUCCACAAGAUGAAGAAAAAGGACCUAUUCCUUGGUGGAACAUGUUGACCUGUGUACCUUUAUGGGCCAUCUUGAUAACCCAGUGCGGUCAGAACUGGGCCUUUUACACUCUACUUACUGAAUUACCGACUUAUAUGGAUCAAAUUUUGCAUUUUGAUAUUGAAUCUAACGCCAUUCUCUCUUCUCUACAAUACUUGACCAGCUGGUGGUUUGGUGUUGCAUGCAGUAUAUUUGCCGAUUGGCUUCUUGGCAAAGGGUACUUGUCACAAUCAACUUCAUAUAAACUGUGGAAUUCCGUUGCCUCUAUAAUCCCAUCAGUGGGAUUGUUAAUUGUAGCCUGGUUGGGUUGCGACCGAAUUUCGGUACAAUGGGUGUUAGCUAUUAGCGGUGCUUUCGGCGGUGCUGUUUAUGCCGGUAAUCAAAUGAACCACAUCGCACUAAGUCCAAAAUACGCCGGUACAAUGUACGGCAUCACUAACGCUGCCGCCAACACGUGUGGAUUCCUCGCACCCUUUGUGGUGGGACGGAUAAUUAACGGAAGAGAAACGUUGGGCCAAUGGCGAAUGGUGUUCUAUUUGGCCGCGGGUAUAAAUAUGGGGGCCAACCUGUUCUAUGUAGCGUUUGGAAGUGCUCGAGAGCAGCCUUGGUCCCGUUCGCAAAGACUCAGCAGUGCCAACUGACAAGCGCUGUAUCUGGCAAUGUUGGUAGACACUUAGUCAAAAGCAGAACGGUAGGCGUGGUAUGUGAUAACUGUAUGUGAUCGGAUGAUUAAAAAAAUAUUUUAAAUACGAAUUCCGUACCGUUUUUUUUAUAAAUGGUGCCCAAUAAUUAGGAAAAUCUAUUCUAUUAUUGUUGUUAAAUACGAAGUCGCUGUAUAGGAUUUACGAGGGCGCUGAAAAGGCAUUUAAUUAAUUAACAUUAAAAUAAUAACGAAUAAACCAAAUCUAGCAAUGUUCGAUUUAUAUAUAUUCCAAAUUUGUAAUGAGUUUUUGUGUCUUUUAUUUUUGCCUAUAAAGAUUAAAAAAUGAAAUCUGGGAAGGUUCCUUUUAUAUAAUCUUUUAGUGUUUUUGUUUCUUUUCUCAAACUGUUAUUGGCGAAUAUCCAACAAAACCAGUGAAUAGCAAUUUAUACUUUUUCUAUUACAUCGCUAGAAUUAAUUGUUUCAUUUUUUAGUCAAUUUAUAAUUCGCUUUCGUAUGUAUUUCAGUGUCCUCGAAACUUUACCUCUUUUUAAUAUAUUUAAUAUUAAUUUACCGAUGGCAUUUCAGUUUUACUUGAUAAUGAUAACAUUUUAUUUUAAUUCCUUUUAG